AUGCACGACGACAAAUACAGCCGAAAGUGCCACCCGAGUCGACGUCUCCUUGUCUCACAGGAUAAUCGCGAGAUUUUCCUACCAUUGCCGACUACGAUCAUCAGUAUCUCACGUACCGAAAAGACGGGGACACAUCGAACCCCGGGUUCUAAUGGGCCAUUGCUGAAAAUGCAAACAUACCGCCCGAACAUCGCUCAUCCAACUCACAUGGAAAACCUGGCUAGGUUUAUCCUUUGUGUUGCUUUCGAGGUGACAUACGAAUAG